AUGGGGUAGGGUUGGGGGGACAUAGCCAUAGCAUUCAGAGCAUGAAAAAUUAAUGCGUAUGGAUUUGAGCUCAUCCAUUAUUAAACCAUCUGGACUGGAUCUGUCCCUACAUGGGCCCCAGCCAGAGACCACUGACCACAAUUAUAGCACUGCUUCUGUUCUGUUCUGACUGUAGCAGAUGGCUUCAGUUGAGGGCACAGAACACACACAUACACACACACACACACACACACACAUCGACUUAGACUGCAUCUUGUUCUCACACACAUAUGCACACACAAAAUUAUAUUGUCAGCAAAAAGUAAAGACAUCAAGCACACAAAUAGCCUACGCCAUGUCCAUUCAUACACUGACACACUGACACACACACUCACUCACUCACUCACUCACUCACUCACUCACUCACUCACUCACUCACACACUCACUCACACACAGCCUACACCAUGUCCGUUCCUACACUGACCAGACCUGGGCAGAAAAUAGUUGUAUUUGGUAAUUUAUUUGAUAAUACCAACUUUUCAAAACUCGAGGUAGUCAAAUAUAGAGAAUCAACUAAAGGCAACCUUUUCCUUUGAUAUUCAAAUACAGGUCUCAGAAAAACAAUAAUAUUUGAAGGUAUUUGAAUAUAUGCAAGUUAUUUGAAAACCAAAAAUCGAACUACAGUGCAUUCGGAAAGUAUUCAGACCCCUUGACCUUUUCCACGUUUUGUUACGUUACAGCCUUAUUCUAAAAUUGAUUUUAAAAAAUGUUUAUCAUCAAUCUACACACAAUGUCCCAUAAUGACAAAGCAAAAAUAGGUUUUUAGAAAUGUUUGCAAAUGUAUUACAAAUAAAAUAAAAAAUAUAUAACAUUUACAUAAGCAUUCAGACCCUUUACUCAGUACUUUGUUGAAGCACCUUUGGCAGGGAUUACAGCCUCGAUUCUUCUUGGGUAUGACUCUACAAGCUUGACACACCUGUAUUUGGGGAGUUUCUCCCAUUCUUCUCUGCAGAUCCUCGCAAGCUCUGUCAGGUUGGAUGGGGAGCGACGCUGCACAGCUAUUUUCAGGUCUCUCCAGAGAUGCUCGAUAGGGUUAUAGUCCUGGCUCUGGCUGGGCCACUCAAGGACAUUCAGAGACUUGUGACUAAUUAAUCAAGCAAUCAAUAUACAUGCACUAACAUAGAUAUUGAAACAAACAAUUAAAAAAAUCAACCUGCAAUAGAGUAUGCUGGGAAAUAUGAUAAUGAUGGGCGUGGUUUUGGUUCAAAGUGAUGUGUAUGAAUUUCAGGCCCCUGUAUUAGGGUAAAAAUAGGCCCUCAAAAUGAGGCCUUAUGAAAUAUGUAUGGUAUUGUGUUAAAUAAUAAAUACAAAAAUAUAUGAUAACAUAUUAUUCACGUAGGAUCUCACUUGGUGAAGUCCACAGGACCGAAUGGAUGAAUGCAACAACCAUGUCUUUGUCUUUAACAAAUACAGUCAUGGGUGGUAGCUCUACAAUUUACUCGAAAGGCAAGGCACUCUGGGAAAUAUUUGAAUAAGGCUUUACACUAAGCAGUGUUAAUUUUAUAUGUUCCGGUGUCUAUAUGGGUCCACAGACUCAAUACUUUCAGUGUUGAUUUCACACUGUCAGUGUUGAUUUGUUUGUGUUUUAACACUGGAGAAUUUGCUGUGCAGUAUAGUGUCCCAACUUAUUUAUACUUAUCUGUACACAAUAUCAUUGGUUGGUUGGUUUGACUUGAUUAUUUACACAGGAGAAGGGACAUUUACAGAAUGUUCAGAGAAAUAGAAAUGUAUUGUGUAGAUCAAAUAUGAUCUACUGUCAGAUAGAUUGAAAUAUUAUAAGACAUUGUGUAUGCUCUAUUCAUUAUAUGAAUAUCUGCAACAUGCAGUUCCAGAUGCAGCCCUGCCAUUAGUUGAAGGCAGCAAAUCCGGUCGGUCGGUCGGUCGAUCUGUCUGUCUCACACACACGUCCAACCAAUCCUCCACUGACCUACACAGAGACAUCCAGUGUGAUGUCUGACAGUAUGCGUCCAAUUGGGUUAGCCAAAGUGUCCUAAGUGUCAGCCAGUCGUGUGUAAGCUAAGGACAUGGACCAGCCAGCUGACUCUCAUUUGGGUUGAAACUUGGUUGGCUGCUCCCUCAGCUGACUCUGCACAUUACUGUAACCAUAGAAAUAUAAUUACUAGAACAGGCAUUCCCUUUCAAGUCAAUGUUCUCUGAUAGGUGGAACGGUGGACAUAUUGAGUGUACCCAUAGGAGUAGGCAAUGAAGAUAAGAGAAGGAACUUGUAUUUCUGUGACUGUAACACUCUCUGUCAUUCUCUCUCUGUCCUCUAGGACCUAGGUGCCUCACCUACCUGCUGCUACUGAUCCUAGAUCUGUUACGCUGUCUGACUGACUGACUCUCUGUCAUUCUCUCUCUGUCCUCUAGGUGGCUCACCUACCUGCUGCUACUGAUCCUAGAUCUGCUCAUCUGUCUUGCGGCUUGCCUGGGCCUGGCCAAGCAGUCUCGCUGGCUGCUGACCACGUGAGUAGCCUACUGCCCCUAUUUCUGUUCUGUUCAAUUAUUUACUGUAUUGUUUGGUCUGUCGAUGCACUUGAUUCAAUUAGCUGCUUGGAGAUUUUCCAUGCCCAUUUCCAAGAACCAUACGUUUGUGGUUGAUUUAAUAGACUUGGAGUCGUGCCAUAAUUGCCAUUUCAAGAACCCCCCACAGAAUUUCCAGAGUGUUACUUGACCUGUUUUAUGUGUCUUACAUAACUUACCUGAAUUACAAAUGCACUUGACUGAAAUGGAAAAGGGAAGCCUUUUUCCUUCUCACAGCCCGGUCUGGAAUAGCUUGUAUUAUUUAGUUCUUAAUUUGUUGUGUGAAGUUGUUUCAAGCAGGGGUAGGGAAGGAGGGAGGAAUCGACUUUUUGAAGGGAUAUGUUGAAGCUAGAGAAUUUAUAUGUUAAUGUAAAAUAAAUACUAAAUGUACAUCUUCACACACAAACACACACACAACCUCCCAUCUCAUCUCAGUAUCUAUAGUCAUCCAUAACGAUUUCCACUAUAAGUACUCCAGCCCCCUGCUGUACUGUGAGAGAGAUUCCACAGGGCAUGUAAUGCAUCACUCUAUGCACACACACACACACACACACACACACACACACACACACAGUAAGCGUGUAGCUCAUCCAGUCCCUCUGUGCUCCGUGCUCACCCAGGCGCAUAGCUUCCUGUCUCUCUCCAUCAGUCAUUGGGGCUGAGAACCAUGCUUAUAUUAUAUCCUCAACCAACACCCGCUUAACACACACACACACUUCAAUGAGUCAGUGAGUCAGGCCUCCCAGGGGAGUUUCGAUCCAUUCCAUUCCACUAGGCUGGGCGUCUGGGCGUUUUACACAUUUGAGAUGAAUUACAGUUUUGAAGAAGGCCGGCUUGUGGGGUUUAUGAUGUGUGAAUGGUGGUUCCUGUGGGCGUCAACCCCAUUCUUGGUGCUCGGAGAGGAGAACUUUAGGUAGCACACAACACUUCCGUUUGUGGGGCCUAGCUGUGCAGAACAUCCCAAAUGGCACCCUAUAUCCUAUAUACGUAGUGUACUAAUGGGAUGGACAUUUGAAAUAAUUGUACUAUUCAGAUAAUAUCAUGACAUUUUUUGGGAUAUACCCGGAUAGUCAAAUUGUUUUGUUUAAAGAAAAAGGUUGUUUAAACUUGGACACUUGUUUGCUGCGCAGCCUGCCCGACUCAGGAGAGACCGUACGCAAUGCAGCAGGAUGGGGGAUGACAGGGGCCGGUGGUGUGUGUGACACGGGAGGGAGAGAGAGAAAAAGUAGCCACUGACUCAAGUGUAGUUAGACAAACUUGUAAAUGUCAUACGUUAUCUGACAGUGCAUGUCUUUACUGCAUCAACUAGAUGUAAAGAAGCUAACUAAGAUAGCCAGAUGUUAGGUACCCAGCUAGAUAGGCGAGUUGAGGCUAUUUUGCUGCGCUACCCGUCCCCGCCCAACAACGGGCAGUAUUUCUGUUACAUGUAUUUGAUAUAGGUAUUUCAAUCAUUUCAAAACGUAUUUUGUAGUGAUGUUACGUCUGAUACCAGAGCUCCAGAGCUCCAGACAAAAAGGCUACACUGCGCACGCACUAUGACGUGUGCGACCUCAUCUAUAAUAAUUUGGCUGUUUUAAAUUAUUUUGACCACCAGGUGCCACUAGUGUACACUGUGUUGAUUAAAGCCUUGAGUAAUGAACCUAUUUUCAAACAAUUGGCUGGAAAUGCUCAAUGCUUCAGGAAGCUUUGUUUCCCCAUUACUACUAUUUUGUAAUGUGUGUUUCACUGGCCAGAACUACAGUUGAUGUAUUUUGUAACAUUUUAAUUAGAAUACAUGUAUUUUGUAUUUUCUAAUACAAAGAAAACUUGCAAGUAGCCCGUUUAACUACAACAACAUUCUCUGUAAUGGUAACAUAAUCUUUUUACUUGCUAUGACUGUGAUAUAAUUUUUUUUAUCUACCUUAGUUUAAUGCACUGACUGUAAGUAACUCUGGAUAAGAGUGUCUGCUAAAUGACCAAAAUGUAAAAGUAAAUGUAAAAAUGUACACUUGCAAAGCACACUGCUGGGUAUUAUUCUAAUGAGCUCCACCCUCAAACAAGGCCAAAUUUGAUCAAAAUACAAUGUGCUUUGCAAGUGUUAAUUUUUACAUUUACAUUUUGGUCAUUUAGCAGACGCUCUUGUCCAGAGCGAAUUAGUGCAUUAAACUAAGGUUGAUAAAAAAAAAAACACAUAUCACAGUCAUACAAAGUAAAAGGUUUCUGUAACCGUUACUGAGAAUGUUGUUGUAGUUAAGGAUACAUUGGUCUUCAAGGUAUUUUGUAUUUGUAACAAGAUACUAAUGACUGACCAUCUCUGGCUAGUGCCAAGUACGUUACUAUAAUAUUCACAUUAACUUGCCACCAGUGUCCUGUAAAUUACUGUAAUAUCAGAGCAAAGAUAAAGCACAAUACUGUAAAAUUAGCCUACUAUACUGUAAGAAAGUAAAUGCUACCGUAAUAUUGGUAUUUAACAGUAUUUUGCUAUAAUUACAUGGGCUUGGUGCAAGCAGGUUUAUGAAUAUUUGGCAUUUUAUGUCACUUGCACUUCGAGAGGCCUAAACAAAGGCUUUCAAAAUGGCUGUGAUUAAAGGGCAAAACAGACCAAAAGGGACGUAGCAAAGCACUCAACCAGUAAAGGUUUAAGGCCAAAAUUUGACUGUAGGGUGUCAGCAAAUAUAAUAAAGUUUACCCUAUUCAUCUAUGGCAAAGAUACUUAUAUUUUUCCCCUUUCAUCUGUGUCUAGUGUUAACUAGCUAGGUCUUCAGCCAGCAUGGAACAAAAGGGGGAAAGUAGUUCAAAACUCUGACGCAGUUGUCAAGUCAACACAUCCGUCAGUGCUGUAGUGAACCGCCUCAUAAGAGACAUGCCGAACGGGAGAUGUAAAUAAAACAAAUCAUAUCAUUCAUGCAAUUUCAAUGUUUGAGUUGCUUUGUGUAUCACCAAUUUUGUAGUGAAGGGAAAACAAAGCUUCCGUAAGCAUUGAGCAUUUCAUUUUACAUAUUUAGCAGACAUUCUUAUCCAGAGCAACUUACAGUUAGUGAGUGCAUACUUUUAUUUUUUUCAUACUGGCCCCCCGUGGGAAACAAACCCACAACCCUGACGUUGCAAAUGCCAUGCUCUACCAACUGAGCUACAUUGGAUUUCCAGCUAAUUGUGUUGAAAAAAUUGGUUCAUUACGCAAGGCUUUGAUCAACACAUUGUACACUAGUGGCACCUGCUGGUCAAAAUAAUUUUGAACAGCCAAAUGAUUAUAGCUGACGUCGCACACACCAUAGCGCAUGUCUUCUACUGAAACCAAUAUCAAACCAAUCAGGUGGUUGUUUGACAAUGUGAAGCUUCAGACGUAAUUGAUCACGUGCGUCUGAUAAAGUGAUACAAGCAUCGCCACACUGCUUCGAAGUAAACUGCUUAGCGGUUUUGAUGCAUUCCCCAGAGCUCCGGUAUCAAACGUAACAUCACUUCAAAUUUGCUUGAGAUUAUUUUACUGCAACACUGCAUCCAAGUUUCUUGACAUAAGCAUUUCAAAGAGCUGUAAGAAAUCUGACAUACCUGAGAUGUAUGCAACAAGUAUGUCUCAGUCACUAACAAAUUCAGUCAUGGGUGGUAACUCUACAAUUCACUCGAAAGGCAAGGCAUUCUGGGAAAUAUUCAAAUUGCAACUAAAGCUUUACAAUUCAACAAUAUUCAGUAGAUAUACGGGUCCACACUUUAAGUGUUAAUUUAACACUGGGGAAUUUGCUGAGUAGAACCAGCUCACCUGCAAAAUAACUAGGGAUUUACAAUGAUGCUGAAACUUGGAGAAUUUGGGGGAUUAAGUGUGGCGCACGUCAUAAAAACUACAUUCAAAAGUUUGUUGUUUUAGUAAAUAAAGAAUUUUUAAUGUCAUGGUAUAUCCUUGUGUGUAGCAAUGUCACAGAUUAUUUUAUUUAACUGAUCCAUUGUUAAAAUAGGCCUACGAUUUUUUGCCUAAAACAUUUGUACUCUCGCAAGUAUUCGAUUACUGACGUCCGUUCAGAUAUUCGAAUAUUAGAAUAACUGUGCCUGCCCAUCCCUAUGCACUAGAGAAUAGGGUGCCAUUUAGGACACAACCCAGAGCUGCCCUCUCUCUGUGUUGGUGUGUGUGUGCAUCAGGCUUUAAGUUUAUGUCUUGUUGUUUAUGUACCUCUUGUCUGUGCAUGUAAUGAACCAGCCAGGCUUCAUCUGCCACUGCCCCAGUCCCGGCUCCUUCUCAUAGAUCAGUGAUCUGCCUGCCUGAGCACAAAAGCCAACGGUAGCUUGCUGGAAUCGCAGCUGACUUGGCGGCCCAGGGUGGCGUGUUGGUGGCCUGGCCUUACGUGGUGUGGUGUAGUGUUGUUUGUUCAAUAAAGACACGCUGGGUUAUUAUUCCUGCCAACUGGUUUCACCCAGAGCACAUACACACACUCUAUCUCUCGCUCACUUUAACUGAGGCCUCCAUGGCCCAGUGGACCCACAGAACCCCUCAUUAAGCACUUUGAGUACAGUAGGGCAGAGCGGGCACCUAUCCUUCCACACCACUGACUGCAUCCACCCACCGUAGUUCCCAGAGGUCAUACGCGCACACAGUCUGGGUAGCCCCCCAGAGCCCACACAUGGGUUCAAACACAUUCACACACACACACAAAUCAGAGAACACACACCGCUGCUGUUAUGCUCUUGAGGAAGACCCUUGAUUAUGGAUUUUAUUGCACAGGUAUUCAGCUUUUCUCAUGGGCUUUACAGUAUAUGGCCGUCAUAGCUGCAUCUUCUCGACUCACGAAUAAUACUACUACUGUUAAUAAUUAACUCCUUCUUUAUCAUUCUGACUGUGCUCACAGACUGUCCUGACAGACAAAGACCCUGGCUUUUCUUCUCACACACGUCAAUGCAAACACAGGAAGCUAGAGGAUGAGUGUGUGUGAGAGAGAAGGGUCGUACAGCAGUGGGAACUCACAAAGCCCAUUAUGCUGCCAGUCUGUUGUGAAUUGGAUUAGUGGGAGAGCUGUGAUGUGUUAUGACCUGAUGGAUGCACACACACAAAAGACACACACACACAAACACACACACACUCACACGGAUCAGAGAGACAAAUAGGUUCAUCGUAUUCCUAACCACUUACUGCACACAUUCAUAUUGCAUGUGAUGAGCUAAUUUCAUUUUCUUCGAAAUAUUGUGGUCAUUUGUGAUUGGACCCAUUGCCCGAUGAGUAUUGAGCCCCUUGCAUGCAUAUGUAGUUCACGUGAAAUUGCUAGCUAGCUAGCGGUGCGUGCAAGCAGUGUUCAAUUUGUGACGUCACUCGCUCGGAGACCUAGAAGUAGUUGUUUCCCUUGCCCUGCAAGGGCUGUAGCUUUUGUGGAGUGACAGGUAACAAUGCUUCAUGGGUGACGGUGGUUGAUGUGUUCAGAGGGUCCCUGGUACGAGCACAGGUUGGGGCAAGAUGAGGGAAGGAAGCAACACUGUUACACAUACAUGAGCUUACAUACAUAGACAUACUACAGAGCAUUCUCAGUAUCCAGAGAGAGGACCUUUGACCUUUUUGUUGUAUAACUGGCGAGGCAGAGUGACAGCCCAACCAGAUAAUGACAUCAUCUUUGAUUAUCACAUCCUUGAUGACCACAUAGUUCUAAUGUUUUGUGGCCAGUGUUAUAUAUAUUAUAGUGUGUUAUUAACAGUGUUAUAAUACCCACAAUUCUUUCUCUCUGUGUGUCCCUGCAGGAUGAUGGUGUUUGGGGUGCUGACGUUGAUCCUGAGCUGGGGGUCUCUGGGAGUUGACCUUGCCACAGCUGUGGUGAGUGACUGUGACUCCAAGGCCUGCGUCCCAAAUGGAACCAUAUACAGUGCAUUCGGAAAGUAUUCAGACCCCUUGACCUUUUCCACAUUUUGUUAUGUUACAGCCUUAUUCUAAAAUUGAUUCAAUUGAUUAUUUCCCUCAUCAAUCUACACACAACACCCCAUAAUGACAAAGCAAAAACUGGUUUUUAGAAAUGUUUGCAAAUUUUUUAAUAAAAAGGAAAUAUCACAUUUACAUAAGUAUUCAGACCCUUUACUCAGUAUUUUGUUGAAACACCUUUGGCAGCGGUUACAGCCUCGAGUCUUCUUGGGUAUGUCUCUACAAGCUUGGCACACCUGUAUUUGGGGAGUUUCUCCCAUUCUUCUCUGCAGAUCCUCUCAAGCUCUGUCAGGUUGGAUGGGGAGCAUCACUGCACAGCUAUUUUCAGGUCUCUCCAGAGAUGUUAGAUCGGGUUCAAGUCCAGGCUGUGGCUAGGCCACUCAAGGACAUUCAGAGACUUGUCCCAAAGCUACUCCUGCGUUGUCUUGGCUGUGUGCUUAGGGUCGUUGGCCUGUUGGAAGGUGAACCUUCACCGCAGUCUGAGGUCCUGAGAGCCCUGGAUCAGAUUUUCAUCAAGGAUCUCUCUGUACUUUGCUCCGUUCAUCUUUCCCUCGAUCCUGACUAGUCUCCCAGUCCCUGCCGCUGAAAAACAUCCCCACAGCAUGAUGCUGCCACCACCAUGCUUCACCGUAGGGAUGGUGCCAGGUUUCCUCCAGACGUGAUGCUUGGCCUUCAGGUGCCUUUUGGCAAACUCCAAGUGGGCUGUCAUGUACCUUUUACUGAGUGGCUUCUGUCUGGCCACUACCAUAAAGGCCUGAUUGCUGCAGAGAUGUUUGUGCUUCUGGAAGGUUCUCCCAUCUCCACAGAGGAACUCUGGAACUCUGUCAGAGUGACCAUCGGGUUCCCUGACCAAGGCCCCUCUCCCCCGAUUCUUCAACCUCAUGGCUUGGUUUUUGCUCUGACAUGCACUGUCAACUGUGGGACCUUAUAUAGACAGGUGUGUGCCUUUCCAAAUCAUGUCCAAUCAAUUGGAUUUACCACAGGUGGACUCCAAUCAAGUUGUAGAAACAUCUCAAGGAUGAUCAAUGGAAACAGGAUGCACCUGAGUUCAAAUUCGAGUCUCAUAGCAAAGUUAUUUCUGUUUUUAUAUUUAAUAAAUUUGCAAAAAUUUCUAAAAACCUGUUUUCACUUUGUCAUAAUGGGGUAUUGUGUGUAGAUUGAUGAGGAAUUGUUUUUAUUUAAUCAAUUUUAGAAUAAGGCUGUAAGGUAACAAAAUGUGGGAAAAGGGAAGGGGUCUGAAUACUUUCCGAAUGCACUGCAUAUACACUACAUUACCAAAAGUAUGUGGACACCUGCUCGUCGAACAUCUUAUUCCAAAAUCAUGGGCAUUAGAUGGAGCUGGUCCCCCUUUUGCUGCUACAACAGCCUCCACUCUUCUGGAAAGGCUUUCCACUAGAUGUUGGAACAUUGCUGUGGGGACUUGCUUCCAUUCAGCCACAAGUGAGGUCGGGCACUGAUGUUGGUUGAUUAGGCCUGGCUCGCAGUCGGCGUUCCAAUUCAUCCCAAUGGUGUUCGAUUGGGUUUAGGUCAGGGCUCUGUGCAAGCAAGUCAAGUUCUUCCACACCGAUUUUGACAAACCAUUUCUGUAUGGUCCUCGCUUUGUGCACGAGGACAUUGUCAUGCUGAAACAGGAAAGGGCCUUCCCCAAACUGUUGCCACCCAGUUGGAAGCACAGAAUCAACUAGAAUGUAAUUGUAUGCUGUAGCGUAAAGAUUUCCCUUUACUGGAACUAAGGGGCCUAGCCCGAACCAUGAAAAACAGCCCCAGACCAUUAUUACUCCUCCACCAAACUUUACAGUUGGUACUAUGCAGUCGGGCAGGUAGCGUUCUCCUGGCAUCUUCCAAACCCAGAUUUGUCAGUCGAACUGCCAGACGGUGAAGCGUGUUUCAUCACUCCAGAGAACGCGUUUCCACUGCUCCAGAGUCCAAUGGCGGCGAGCUUUACAGCACUCCAGCCGACGCUUGGCAUUGUGCAUGAUGAUCUUAUUAGGCUUGUGUGCGGCUGCUCUGCAACGGAAACCCAUUUCAUGAAGCUCCCGAUGAACAGUUCUUGUGCUGACGUUGCUUCCAGCGGCAGUUUGGAACUCGGUAGUGUGUUGCAACCGACAGACGAUUUUUAUGCGCUACGCGUUUCAGCACCCGGCGGUCCCGUUCUGUGAGCUUGUGUGGCCUACCACUUUGCGGCUGAGCCGUUGUUGCUCCUAGUCAUUUCCACUUCACAAUAACAGCACUUACAGUUGACCGGGGCAGCUCUAGCAGGGCAGAAAUGUGGAAAGGUGGCAUCCUAUAACAGUACAGGCCAUUCUACUGCCAAUGUUUGUCUAUGGAGAUUGCAUGGCUGUGUGCUCGAUUAUAUACACCUGUCAGUAACGGGAGUGGCUGAAAUAGCCGAAACCACUAAUUUGAAGGGGUGUCCACAUACUUAUAGUGUAUAUAUUUUUUACCCAGUUGGGUCACUUAGUUGGGUUAUUGAGCAAUGAUCCACAGGGUCAGAUCAGAAGGUGUGGCUUACUGGGGGUGUGGCGUUCAGAUAUUUGUUUUCGACCACCCAUAAAUGUCAUUCCGCUUCAUCUGUUCUGUUGUAUUGUCAACACACGUUGUACACGUGUACACAAGUUCCUCAAGUACCUAUGCGUAUCCAAAUGUUGGUUUAGUUACCACUUUGAUAUGAUAUUUACGUAAUAUUGUUAUUAAUUGUGUAGUAAAAUAUGUAGUGUGCAAAACUAUUGAAGGGAAAUUUAAUUUUGCCGUGUAAACACAACCAGCUUCAUGAGGUAGUCACCUGGAAUGCAUUUCAAUUAACAGGUGUGCCUUGUUAAAAGUUAAUUUGUGUAAUUUCUUUCCUUUAAAAUAAAAAAUAAAAAAAUGAAUAUAUAAAUUGUUUUUGUCAUUUAGCAGACGAUCUUAUCCAGAGCGACUUACAGUUAGUGAGUGCAUACAUUUUUUUCAUACUGGCCCCCCGUGGGAAUCAAACCCACAACCCUGGCAUUGCAAGCGCCAUGCUCUACCAGCAGAGCUACAGGAGCGUUUGAGACAAUCAGUUGUGUUGUGACAAGGUAGGAGUGGUAUACAAAAGAUAGCCCUAUUUGGUAAAAGACCACGUCCAUAUUAUGGCAAGAACAGCUCAAAUAAGCAAAGAGAAACGACAGUCCGUCAUUACAUUAAGACAUGAAGGUCAGUCAAUACGGAACAUUUCAAGAACAUUGAAAGUUUCUUCAAGUGCAGUCGCAAAAACCGUCAAGCUUUAUGAUGAAACUGGCUCUCAUGAGGACCGCCACAGGAAAAUAAGACCCAGAGUUACCUCUGCUGCAGAGGAUAAGUUCAUUAGAGUUACCAGCCUCAGAAAUUGCAGCCCAAAUAAAUGCUUCACAGAGUUCAAGUAACAGACACAUCUCAACAUCAACUGUUCAGAGGACACUGCGUGAAUCAGGCCUUCAUGGUCGAAUUGCUGGCAAGAAACCACUACUAAAGGACACCAAUAAGAAGAAGAGACUUGCUUGGGACAAGAAACACGAGCAAUGGACAUUAGACAGGUGGAAAUCUGUCCUUUGGUCUGAUGAGUUCAAAUUUGAGAUUUUUGGUUCCAAUCGCCAUGUCUUUGUGAGACGCAGAGUAGGUGAACGGAUGAUCUCCGCAUGUGUGGUUCCCACCAUGAAGCAUGGAGGAGGAGGUGUGAUGGUGCUUUGCUGGUGACACUGUAGGUGAUUUAUUUAGAAUUCAAGGCACACUUAACCAGCAUGGCUACCACAGCAUUCUGCAGCGAUACGCCAUCCCAUCUGGUUUGCACUUAGUGGGACUAUCAUUUGUUUUUCAACAGGACAAUGACCCAACACACCUCCAGGCUGUGUAAGGGCUUUUUGACCAUGAAGGAUAGUGACUUUGAAGAAUCUAAAAUCUAAAAUAUUUUUUUGCGCUUUUCUGCUUACUUUUUUGCUUACUACAUGAUUCCAUAUGUGUUAUUUCAUAGUUUUUAUGUAUUCACUAUUAUUCUACAAUAUAGAAAAUAGUAAAAAUAAAGAAAAACCCUUGAAUGAGUAAGUGUGUCCAAACUUUUUACUGGUACUGUAUAUAUAUAUCGUUUUUUUUUAUUACAUCUCCCGUUUGGCAUGUUUUUGUGAUGCGGUUCACAGCAGCACUGACGGAUGUGUUGACUUAACAACUGCAUCAGAGUUUUGAACUACCUUCCCCCCUCUUUUGUUCCUGGCUGAAGACCUAGCUAGCCAGUAACUAGCUAACACCAGACACAGAUGAAAGGAGAAACAUAUACGUAUCUUUGCCAAGUGUUUGACAAGUGUUGUAGAAGCAACUGUCAUUUUUCAUAUUUUAGUUUCCUUCAAAUAGCAUCCAAUUUCAUGAAAAACAUGAUUUUGACUGUGUUUUAAAGAAAACAAUAGGUUGUUUGUGACCCAACGGGCUGGUUUAAAAUAACCCAACGUGUGUUACGUCCAAUAUUUACCAAAAUUGGGUUGUUUUUAAUCCAGCAUUUUUUUGAGUGUACGGUAUAUACAGGCAACUGCCUCCCGAGUGGCGCAGCAGUCUAAGGUGCCACUACAGCCUGGGGUUUGAGGCUGUGUCACAUUUACUCAAGUGGUUCUAUUAUUUUGGCAGUUAUGAUAUGAUAAUGGACCUACAUAUAGUCUUCACUCUGUCCAACUUGCUAACAAUCAUCGAAACGAAAGCUACGGUAGACAGUCAGGGACCAUCGAAAAUUCCAAAAGCUAUGUAUAGAGGACCAUUUUUUGCCGCUAUGGGCCCUGGUCAAAAGUUGUGCACUAUGUAGGGAAUAGGGUGCCAUUUCAGAAACAACUCAGGACCAUGUCUAUGUCCAUGUCCAACUGUUACUGUUACUGUGCUAAUCAAUUCUCACCAUGGCUGACAGCUUAGACAAAUUGCUUUGGGGCCAUGAGUGUUCUCACUCACUUUGAAAGUGUUCUUAAAGAGUGCGUGUGUGUGUGUCUGUGCGUGCAUGUGUGAGUCUGAGAGAAAUCACAUUAAAUAGCUUUCCAACAGAAAUCCUUAGGGAUAUGCCUUUAUAUGUGCUCUGAAUACAUAACCACAACAUGUUAACAUAAAUCCAUAUUGUAUUUACAUAGACAAGUACUAUUGCUGUCUACAAAAGUGUCAUUGGAUGUCUGUGUCUUGAAUCAGAUUAAACCAGGUAUGAAAAAAUAUUGAGGAGAAAGAGUUAGCGAGAGAAAAGGGCAGGAGGAAAAGGAGGAGAAACCUGGUUACAUUUAGUUACCAGAGGUUUGAAAUCUGAAGGAUCUUGGUGCCUACCCUUGUUUCAUCCUAGUCUCUCUCUCCUGAAGGUUUUGAUCAUCACUAUCUAUCAGCUGUAGAUUAACUCAAUAUAACCCACAACUACUACUAUACAGCUGUUAUAGUAUAUAAACCAGUAAACCAGAUCAUGAGUCAUCAUUAUAAAACCAACUAGUCAAUGAUGUUCUGUCAGGGAUUAUGUGACGAAUGAUGGUCCUAUUCUGGUCUUGAAAUUCUAUCACAUCCCAAAUGAGAGCCAUUGCAGCAUUUAGGACUGUAUCUCUGUUUCUAUCCCAGAGCAUCUGAAUGCAUGUGAAUCUCUGGUUUGAAUACAGGAAGAUGAAUAGAUGCUGCUGUGUUUGAGUCACCACACGCCUAAGGCUCGUUGUGUUCCCUUUCUCUUCAGUUUGUUUGUUGAUUUGACUUGGGGCUGUGGAUCAUGGGAAAUGCAUAGUGUAUAAGCCACAGGGCUGGUUGCUGUAUGCAGGCUACAACAGAACUGAAAGAUUCCAAGUCAAUAUUGCAUGUUUUAUUUUAGACUCUAGUUUAGGUUGAGACUUCAAGGCUGGGUUUGAUCAUACGCAUGCACGCACGCACACACACACACACUCUCAAACUUUUUUGGGCCUAUAAGCACAAGCCUGGUUUGUUUAGGGGCAAACUGAGGUCAGGAUGCUUAUGUUUGGAAGAAAUCACAGGGGUGCUCUGUGGUGUGCCACUUUCUGAUUCUACACCAUUCUCUUCACAUUGUUUGGUCCAAGAUGGUCAGAUAGAUUCCUUCCAUUCUUCCAUGUCUUGUGUGUGUGUGUGUGUGUUUGCCCACUGACAAAGAAAUGAUCAGUCUAUAAUUUUAAUGGUAGGUUUAUUUGAACAGUGAGAGACAGAAUAACAACAAAAAAAUCAGAAAGAUUUCUGGCUCCCAGGUGUCUUUUAUACAGGUAACGAGCUGAGAUUAGGAACACACUCUUAAAGGGAGUGCUCCUAAUCUCAGCUUGUUACCUGUAUAAAAGACACCUGUCCACAGAAGCAAUCAAUCAAUCAGAUUCCAAACUCUCCACCAUGGCCAAGACCAAAGAGCUCUCCAAGGAUGUCAGGGACAAGAUUGUAGACCUACACAAGGCUGGAAUGGGCUACAAGACCAUCGCCAAGCAGCUUGGUGAGAAGGUGACAACAGUUGGUGCGAUUAUUCGCAAAUGGAAGAAACACAAAAUAACUGUCAAUCUCCCUCGGCCUGGGGCUCCAUGCAAGAUCUCACCUCGUGGAGUUGCAAUGAUCAUGAGAACGGUGAGGAAUCAGCCCAGAACUACACGGGAGGAUCUUGUCAAUGAUCUCAAGGCAGCUGGGACCAUAGUCACCAAGAAAACAAUUGGUAACACACUACGCCGUGAAGGACUGAAAUCCUGCAGCGCCCGCAAGGUCCCCCUGCUCAAGAAAGCACAUAUACAGGGCCGUCUGAAGUUUGCCAAUGAACAUCUGAAUGAUUCAGAGGAGAACUGGGUGAAAGUGUUGUGGUCAGAUGAGACCAAAAUCAAGCUCUUUGGCAUCAACUCAACUCGCCGUGUUUGGAGGAGGAGGAAUGCUGCCUAAUACCCCAAGAACACCAUCCCCACCGUCAAACAUGGAGGUGGAAACAUUAUGCUUUGUGGGUGUUUUUCUGCUAAGGGGACAGGACAACUUCACCGCAUCAAAGAGACGAUGGACGGGGCCAUGUACCUUCAAAUCUUGGGUGAGAACCUCCUUCCCUCAGCCAGGGCAUUGAAAAUGGGUCGUGGAUGGGUAUUCCUGCAUGACAAUGACCCAAAACACACGGCCAAGGCAACAAAGGAGUGGCUCAAGACGAAGCACAUUAAGGUCCUGGAGUGGCCUAGCCAGACCUUAAUCCCAUAGGAAAUCUGUGGAGGGAGCUCAAGGUUCGAGUUGCCAAACGUCAGCCUCAACCUUAAUGACUUGGAGAAGAUCUGCAAAGAGGAGUGGAACAAAAUCCCUCCUGAGAUGUGUGCAAACCUGGUGGCCAACUACAAGAAACGUCUGAACUCUGUGAUUGCCGACAAGGGUUUUGCCACCAAGUACUAAAUCAUGUUUUGCAGAGGGGUCAAAUACUUAUUUCCCUCAUUAAAAUGCAAAUCAAUUCAUAACAUUUUUGACAUGCGUUUUUCUGGAUUUUUUUGUUGUUAUUCUGUCUCUCACUGUUCAAAUAAAUCUACCAUUAAAAGUAUAGACUGAUCCUGUCUUUGUCAGUGGGCAAACAUACAAAAUCAGCAGGGGAUCAAAUACUUUUUUCCCUGACUGUAUAGUAUCUACUAUAUAAUCCCUCGCUGUGCCUGGGAGCGUGUGCGCAGGCGGUGGCCGCGUGUACAGGUGGUGGUUGGUGACUGCCAGAAUAGCCAGACAGUACCGUAAUAAAGGACAAGUGUGGUGGUUUACCAAUAAAACAACAGUUACUGCUAGUCAUCAAUACACUACGGUGUGACAGAGAUUGCAUUAUAUUAACACCUCAUUGAGAGGAAGCAGAGUAGGUACUGUGGCUCUCAUAGAAAGCUUGGCUGCAUGGUGUGGCCCAGUUAAAUGAGCUGUGUGUGUGUGUGUGUGUGUGUGUGUGUGUGUGUGUGUGUGUGUGUGUGUGUGUGUGUGUGUGUGUGUGUGUGUGUGUGUGUGUGUUGCUGCAGUUGUUGUGAUGUUGUGAUGGUAAUGAAGGGAGGGAAACUGCUGCCAUCUGAAGUAAAAAGAAAAACACUGACAUUUGCAAAAUUGCUCCAGAUUCAUGGCUUCACGCAGGGGCACAUAAUACAUGAAUGCAUAAUGAAUUCCUUCACAAGAAUAAUUAUAGACAGAGCAGAGUGGCCGGUAUGAAGGCUGCAUGCACGCACACACACACACUAUAGGCUUUAUGGAACAAUGUACUCACAAACUUUUCAUCCGUGGUAUAUAGAGGCUCAUUGGUUGAACCCCAAGAGACGUGUACGUAUUCCUAUUAAACCCAGGAGGGUGUGUGACACUAGUUUUGUUGUUUAAAAAAAUGCCUCUUCUUCUUGUGUUCAGGGCACCAGUGACUUCUGUGUGACCCCAGACAAGUUCAUCAUGAACCAGACCAAGGACCUGAUCAGUUCUGGUGAGUUAAAGACAAAUGCUUUUAAUGUCACUUUAAUUAAGCUAUAAUUACAAGGUGAUUAAACUCACCCCGGGCUGUAGUCUUUCUGACUUGUUGUUGGUGUAUCCCUGUCCUCUACAGAUAUAGUGCAUUACUACCUGUACUGCAGCCAGACCCUCACCAACCCAUUCCAGCAGGUAAUACUCAUCACCACCAGCACAGGGUCAAUGAAACCUGCUUUGACCUUUCUGUCUCCCUGUUUCUAUCUGACCUCUUUCUGUCUCUUUUUCUCUACCUCUACACCCCUCCUCUUCUAACUGUCUUGUACUCUCUCUCUCUCUCUCUCUCUCUCUCUCUCUCUCUCUCUCUCUCUCUCUGUGUCGCCCCCCCCCUCCCCUCCAUCCUUCCCUCUCUCCAUCUCCCUCAAGGGGUCCAGCAAGGUCUCCAAGUCUCUCAGAAGGAGAGGAUGAGGUUUUUAGGUCAGGGCAGUGAGAAGUAGUCUCUUUCUCUCUCCAGCCUCAGCUAGCUCCAUAACUCAAUAGAGUUCAGAUCCUAUUAUGCUGUGCUUGUAAACAUGCCCCUAAGGAUCAAGAGAAUGCAGCAACAGAGUGCAGGCAAGCGUUACCCAGCCUGCUCAGUCAGCACACAUUCACCUGAGCACGGAAACACAGAGAUCGCUCACUGAGACACACAUACACGCAUGCACACACACACACACACAGUUAUUGGAUCGUAGACAUGCCACCGAGACAAAUUCGGAAAAUUUUUAGAUCAAAGAAGGUAAAUUAUGGCUGCUGCUAUAGCUGCUGGUGUGGGGUAAUUGACUGUGUCUUGCUUCAAUUAAGGACUGUCUGUACCAUUGGGCACUUAUUGUCCCAGUAUAUUUUGUAAUGGUUGGGGACACUCAAACUAUGUUUUGAUUUACUGUGAUGUGACAGGUUAACCCAUUAAUGCUGUUAGAUGUCAUUUGAUGAUUUAAAUCUACACAGCAAAUUCUCCAGUGUUAAAAAACUAAACAAAAUUAACACUGAGAGUGUUAAAUCAACACUGAAAGUGUUGCGUAUGUGGACCCAUAUAGACACCAGAACAGUCUUAAAUUAACACACUGCUUAGUGUAAAGCCUUAUUAAAAUAUUUCCCAGAGUGCCUUGCCUUUCGAGUAAAUUGUAGAGUUACCAAUCAUGACUGUAUUUGUUAAUGACAGAGACAUGGUUGCAUUCAUCCAUUUUCGGUCCUAUGGACUUUACCAAGUGAGAUCCUAAGCGAAUAUGUUAUCAUUCUUUUUUGUUAUUAUUUAACAAAAUACCUUACAUAUUUCAUGAGGCCUUAUUUUGAGGGCCUAGUUUUAUCCUAAUACAGGGGCCUCAAACUUGUACAUAAGGGUGUAGGCUGUAGGGUGUCAGCAAAUGUAAUGAAAUGUGCAUUUGGGAAGUAUUCAGACCCCUUGACCUUUUCCACAUUUUGUUACGUUACAGCCUUAUUCUAAAAUGGAUUAAAUAGUUGUUUCCCCCUCAUCAAUCUACACACAAUACCCCAUAAUGACAAAGCAAAAACAUGUUUUUAGAUUUUUUUGCAAAAACUGAAAUAUAACAUUUACAUAAAUAUUCAGACCCUUUACUCAGUACCUUGUUGAAGCACCUUUGGCAGCGAUUACAGCCUCGAGUCUUCUUGGGUAUGACGCUACAAGCUUGGCACACCAGUAUUUGGGGAGUUUCUCCCAUUCUUCUCUGCAGAUCCUCUCAAGCACUGUCAGGUUGGAUGGGAGCAUUGCUGCACAGCUAUUUUCAGGUCUCUCCAGAAAUGUUUGAUCGGGUUCAACAAACAUCCCCACAGCAUGAUGCUGCCACCACCAUCCUUCACCGUAGGGAUGGUGUCAGGUUUCCUCCAGAUGUGACGCUUGGCAUUCAGGCCAAAGAGUUUAUUCUUGGUUUCAUCAGACCAGAGAAACUCCAAGCGGGCUGUCAUGUGCCUUUUACUGAGAAGUGACUUCUGUCUGGCCACUCUACCAUAAAGGCCUGAUUGGUGGAGUCCUGCAGAGAUGGUUGUCCUUCUGGAAGGUUCUCCCAUAUCCACAGAGGAACUCUGGAGCUCUGUGAGAGUGACGAUCAGGCCCUUCUCCCCCAAUUGCUCAGUUUGGCCGGGCGGCCAGCUCUAGGAAGAGUCUUGGUAGUUCCAAACUUCUUCCAUUUAAGAAUGAUGGAGGCCACUGUUUUCUUGGGGACCUUCAAUGCUGCAGAAAUGUUUUAGUACCCUUCUCCAGAUCUGUGCCUUGACACAAUCCUGUCUCUGAGCUCUACGGAUAUUUCCUUCGACCUCAUGGCUUGGGUUUUGCUCUGACAUGCACUGUCAACUGUGGGACCUUAUAUAGAAAGGUGUGUGCCUUUCCAAAUCAUGUGCAAUCAGUUGAAUUUACCACAGGUGGACUCCAAUCAAGUUGUAGAAACAUCUCAAUGAUGAUCAAUGGAAACAGGAUGCACCUGAACUCAAUUUCGAGUCUCAUAGCAAAGGGUCUGAAUACUUAUGUAAAUAAGGUAUUUAUGUUUUCUAUAUUUAAUACAUUUGCAAAAAUUUCUAAAAACCUGUUUUCGCUUUGUCAUUAUGGGGUAUUUUGUGUAGAUUGCAGAUUUAAAAAAUAUAUAUAUAUAUACAUUUUUGAAUACGGCUGUAACGUAACAAAAUAUUGAAAAAGGGAAGGGGUCUGAAUACUUUCAGAAUGCACUGUAUAUGUUUCCCCUCUCAUCUGUGUCUGGUGUUAGCUAGCAGCCAGCAUGGAACAAAAGGGAGGGAAGGGUCAUUCAGAACUCUGACGUUGUUGUCAUGUCAACACAUCCGUCAGUGCUGCUGUGCAUUGCAUCACAAGUGACAUACAAAAUUGGGAGAUGCAUAAUUUUUUGGGGACAUCAAUGAUGCAAUUUCAAUAUUGUUUGAGUUGCUUUGUGUAUCACCAAAUUAGCUUGAGAUAGUUUUACUGCAACACUGCUCACUACAUCCAAGCAUUUUGAGCAUUUCUUUCCCCAAAAACAUUAUGGGUGAUAUUUUUGUCACUCAACAGGCUAUUUUACAUUGGAAUCAGAAUGACUGCUCGGGACCUUUAAAGAGGAGCUGGUUGGAGAGAUUUAUGCUGCCAACUACUGUAGAAACAGCUGAGGUGUAGUCAUCCUGAUAAACAAGAAUACACCCAUUUUCCCUUAUAUCCCAGCACACAGACCAAAAAGGCUAUUUUCUCAUUUAGAAUUGUUCCUUAUAUGGUGAAAUAUACACAUUGAUUUCAUUGUAUAUCCCCCCAGUGGCACAUCUGGUGUUUUUAGAUUUAAUUCAGGCUAUAUUAGAUCAAAUCCAGACAGGAACUAUUAUUUUAGCAAGCGACCUAAAUCACACAUUCGGCAAGUUAGACAGACACAGCAAUAAAAAAGGGAAAUUCAAGGAGCCUCCAAGGAGGCUGAACAUUUUCAUCUCUACAAAUAAUUUACAAGACAGCUGGAGAUUACUAUUCCCAACUACAAAAGAGUACUCAUUUUUUUCUCAAAAUAAGAAAAGCUAUUCAAGAAUUGACUACAUUUUAUUCUACAAAAAUGUGCUCAACAAUAUACUGGUUUUAAAAAAUCCAUGACUGUGAAAACGGAUCAUUCUCCUUUAUCAUGCUUAAUUAUACCAACAGAAAAGACACUUAGUGACAGAAUAUGUAGAAUGAACAGGGCGCAUCUUCAAGACCCGAAAUGUAUUAAAUACGUGAAGUGUACAGUGAGGGAAAAAAGUAUUUGAUCCCCUGCUGAUUUUGUACAUUUGCCCACUGACAAAGAAAUUAUCAGUCUAUAAUUUUAAUGGUAGGUUUAUUUGAACAGUGAGAGACAGAAUAACAACAAAAGAAUCCAGAAAAACGCAUGUCAAAAAUGUUAUAAAUUGAUUUGCAUUUUAAUGUAGGAAAUAAGUAUUUGACCCCCUCUCAAUCAGAAAGAUUUCUGGCUCCCAGGUGUCUUUUAUACAGGUAAUGAGCUGAGAUUAGGAGCACACUCUUAAAGGGAGUGCUCCUAAUCUCAAUUUGUUACCUGUAUAAAAGACACCUGUCCACAGAAGCAAUCAAUCAAUCAGAUUCCAAACUCUCCACCAUGGCCAAGACCAAAGAGCUCUCCAAGGAUGCCAGGAACAAGAUUGUAGACCUACAUAAGGCUGGAAUGGGCUACAAGACCAUCGCCAAGCAGCUUGGUGAGAAGGUGACAACAGUUGGUGCGAUUAUUCGCAAAUGGAAGAAACACAAAAGACCUGUCAAUCUCCCUCGGCCUGGGGCUCCAUGCAAGAUCUCACCUUGUGGAGUUGCAAUGAUCAUGAGAACGGUGAGGAAUCAGCCCAGAACUACACGGGAGGAUCUUGUCAAUGAUCUCAAGGCAGCUGGGACCAUAGUCACCAAGAAAACAAUUGGUAACACACUACGCCGUGAAGGACUGAAAUCCUGCAGAGGAAUGCUGCCUAUGACCUCAAGAACACCAUCCCCACCGUCAAACAUGGAGGUGGAAACAUUAUGCUUUGGGGGUGUUUUUCUGCUAAGGGGACAGGACAACUUCACCGCAUCAAAGGGACGAUGGACGGGGUCAUGUACUUUCAAAUCUUGGGUGAGAACCUCCUUCCCUCAGCCAGGGCAUUGAAAAUGGGUCGUGGAUGGGUAUUCCAGCAUGACAAUGACCCAAAACACACGGCCAAGGCAACAACGGAGUGGCUCAAGAAGAAGCACAUUAAGGUCCUGGAGUGGCCUAGCCAGUCUCCAGACCUUAAUCCCAUAGAAAAGUGGGACAAAAUCCCUCCUGAGUGGGACAAAAUCCCUCCUGAGAUGUGUGCAAACCUGGUGGCCAACUACAAGAAAAGUCUGACCUCUGUGAUUGCCAACAAGGGUUUUGCCACCAAGUCAUGUUUUGCAGAGGGGUCAAAUACUUAUUUCCCUUCUUAAAAUGGAAAUCCAUUUAUAACAUUUUUGACAUGCGUUUUUCUAGAUUUUUUUUUUGUUAUUCUGUCUCUCACUGUUCAAAUAAACCUACCUUUAAAAUUAUAGACUGAUCAAGUCUUUGUCAGUGGGCAAACUUACAAAAUCAGCAGGGGAUCAAAUACUUUUUUUCCUCACUGUAUAUGUAUAUUUCAAGACGUGGCAUAUGAGGUUGCAGUGAGAUACCCAAUGGGUUGGACUAUACUUUUCUUUUCAAUCAUUUUGAAAAACACGUUUACGAUAGAGGAAUCAAAUUAUCCUCUAUCGUUAAGACAGCGGAUGAAUCAAAUGCUUUAUUAUUUAAAUAUUGAAAUAGCGCAAUUUGAGGCCAAAUGGCAUAGAGUGUUACAAGCACUUGAAAUGUCCAAGGGAUGAAGAAUGAGAGGGAAUGUUGUUGUUGUGAGACAAACGGGAUGGGUAUGGAUGUGGUGAGAACAUGUUGGUCUGAGCAGGUGUGAUGUCAUUGAUGGUUGCUGAAAUGUGUGUACAGCUGUCUAUUGUCUUUUGUCUAUGUAUGAUUUGUAUUGUUAGAAAAUAAAAAUACUAAUUUAUCUUACCAAAAAAAAUGAAACUCAUACACAUUACUUUGAACCAAAACCACGCCGACCAUUAUAAUAUUUCCCAGCAUGCUCUAUUGCAGGUAGAUUUUUAUGAAUUGUUUGUUUCAAUAUUUAUGUUUGUGCAUUGAUUGAUUAAUGAAUUAAUCUUAUGCUACUCAAAUAUAAUUUACAAACAUUUUCUAAACUAAUCCAGUAUGUUACUUGAAAUUAUUGCACCCACAAAUGGUUGUUCCAGUUUAGAUUCUUUAGGUAGUCUCAUUGCUUAGCGUUCCUGGUAGUUAUUCUGAAUACAGGUUGCGAGAAGAUGUACCGGUAUAUCCCAACACUGGCUGGAUUCCAAUAGGAAUUACACAUCACCUUGCAAGCCUGCCAGAUAUGAUUUGUAGGCCUGAUGUGGUGUGUAAACCAAUGCUUCAGGCCAGUGUAUUACACUUUGGGGAAAAAAUGAUUAGAUUUGUUCCUAAAGGGUUACAAACACUUGUCACAGUAGUGGUAACCCUGUAAGGUCAUCCUUUGUACCUUUAGUUAUAAGUUCACACAAGCCACAUUAGAUUUGGAAGUAAGGUUGAAAACUUCCAGUGACUUUCCCAGAAUUUGCAGAUUUUCCAAAAAUCCUGGUUGAAGGAUUUCGAAUUUCCUGUUUCCAUUUCCAGGAAACAUCCAAACAGGAUUUUUGGAAAACCUGGUAAUUUUGGGAAAGUUAACACAAUUUCACACUUACCUGCAAAUUACAUUAUGCUGGCUUGCAAAGUGAUACGGAACUCCAAUUGGAAUCCAGACAGAGUUAGAAUAGCCAACAGUUGGAAAACACUACUUAAGACAUUUAAACUGGAACAAACAUUUCAGUAAUGGGUGCAACAAAUCAACCUGCAAUAGAGCAUGCUGGGAAAUAUGAUAAUGAUGGGCUUGGUUUUGGUUCAACGUGAUGUGUAUGAGUUUCAGGCCCUUUUUUUAGGGUAAAACUAGGCCAUCUACAUAUGGUAUUGUGUUAAAGAUUUUAGCGUUUUUAUGAUAACAUGUUCACUUAGGAUCUCACUUGGUGUAUUCAAUAGGACCGAAAAUGGAUGAACGCAACAAUGUCUAUGUCACUAACCAAUAUAAGUCAUGGGUGGUAACUCUACAAUUUACUCGAAAGGCAAGGCACUCACAGUGUGUUAAUUUAACACUGUUCCGGUAUCUAUAUUGGUCCACAGACUCAUCACUUCCAGUGUUGAUUUAACACUCUGUGUUCUUUUUUUUCUUUUUUUUACACUGGAGAAUUUGCUGUGUAGGGUUUGAGUCAUAGGGCUCACACUACGGUCAGAAGUAGGAUCAGCUCUAGGAUCAGCCUACACUCCCAAAAUUCCUUAGAUCAGUGUCUACGGGGUAAAUUCAUGUGAUUUACAGUCUACUUGCUGUUCUGGGGUGGAGUGCACAGGGCGGAUCGUACAGAUUCUGUUGGAUGAGACUAGCUUGCUGUUAAUGAUUGGCUUUUGUCGCCCUCUGCUGGACAAAAGCCGAACUGACAAGCCCACUAGUGUAUUAAAGGGAUAAUUCACCCCAAACCACUAAUUCCUAUGAUUAACAGUAUUACUAACACUAAUAUGUGAAAACAAUAUUUUUAUGAUUUUUUUACUCCCUUUUUCGAUCUUGUGUCAUUGCUGCAACUCCCCAACGGGAUCGGGAGGCGAAGGUUGAGUCAUGCAUCCUCCGAAACAUGACCUGCCAAACCACACUUCUUGCCUGCUUAACCUGGAAGCCAGCCGAACCAAUGUGUCGGAGGAAACACCGUUCACCUGAUGACUGAGGUCAGCCUGCAGGCGCCCGGCCCAUCACAAGGAGUCGCUAGAGCACGAUGAGCCAAACCCUUCCCUAACCCGACCAAACCCUUCCCUAACCCGGAUGACGCUGGGCCAAUUGUGCGCCUUCCUAUGGGACUCCCGAUCACGGCCGGUUGUGAUACAGCCCGGGAUCGAACCCAGGUCUGUAGUGACGCCUCUAGCAUUGCAUUGCAGUCAGUGCCUUAGACCGCUGUGCCACUCGGGAGGCCCCAAAAACAAUAUUUUUUUGUGAACAAAUGUUUCAUUUUGUCGUUAUAGCAAGGUUGGUAGCAACAUGUGAAAAAUCGUUGUGGAAAUCUGUUGCAGCUCGAGUCGACUACAAAACCCACUGCUUGCUCUCUGGGCAGGCUGGCUAGCUAACAAACGUAACUACACACAUUAAUACCAAAGUCAAUAUCAGCAUGUGAAGUACAGUUGAAGUUGGAAGUUUACAUACAACAUAACCAACUACAUUUAAACUCAGUUUUUCACAAUUCCUGACAUUUAACCCUAGUAAAAAUUCCCUGUCUUAGGUCAGUUAGGAUCACCACUUUAUUUUAAGAAUGUGAAAUGUCAGAAUAAUAGUAGAGAGAUUUAUUUCAGCUUUUAUUUCUUUCAUCACAUUCCCAGUGGGUCAGAAGUUUACAUACACUCAAUUAGUAUUUGGUAGCAUUGCCUUUAAAUUGUUUAACUUGGGUCAGCCGUUUCAGGUAGCCUUCUACAAGCUUCCCACAAUAAGUUGGGUGAAUUUUGGCCCAUUCCUUCUGACAGAGCUGGUGUAACUGAGUCAGGUUUGUAGGCCUCCUUGCUCGCACACGCUUUUUCAGUUCUGCCCACAAAUCUUCUAUAGGAUUGAGGUCAGGUCUUUGUGAUGGCCACUCCAAUACCUUGACUUUGUUGUCCUUAAGCCAUUUUGCCACAACUUUGGAAGUAUGCUUGGGGUCAUUGUCCAUUUGCGACCAAGCUUUAACUUCCUGACUGAUGUCUUGAGAUGUUGCUUCAAUAUAUCCACAUAAGUUUCCUUCCUCAUGAUGCCAUCUAUUUUGUGAAGUGCACCAGACCCCUUUUUCCUCCAAACAUAACAUUUAAGUCAUUUAGCAGACGCUCUUAUCCAGAGCGACUUACAGUUAGUGAGUGCAUACAUAAUUUUUUAUACUGCAGUUGCAAACCGUAGUCUGGCUUUUUUAUGGCGGUUUUGGAGCAGUGGCUUCUUCCUUGCUGAGCGGACUUUCAGGAUAUGUCGAUAUAGGACUCGUUUUACUGUGGAUAUAGAUACUUUUGUAUCUGUUUCCUCCAGCAUCUUCACACGGUCCUUUGCUGUUGUUCUGGGAUUGAUUUGCACUUUUUGCACCAAAGUACGUUAUUCUCUAGUGUGGUAUGACGGCUGCGUGGUCCCAUGGUGUUUAUACUUGCGUACUAUUGUUUGUACAUAUGAACGUGGUACCUUCAGGCGUUUGGAAAUUGCUCCCAAGGAUGAACCAGACUUUUGUUUCUGAGGUCUUGGCUGAUUUCUUUUGAUUUUACCAUGAUGUCAAGCAAUGAGGCACUGAGUUUGAAGGUAGGCCUUGAAAUACAUCUACAGGUACACCUCCAAUUGACUCAAAUGAUGUCAAUUAGCGUAUCAGCAGCUUUUAAAGCCAUGACAUCAUUUUCUGGAAUUUUCCAAGCUGUUUAAAGGCACCGUCAACUUAGUGUAUGUAAACUUCUGACCCACUGGAAUUGUGAUACAGUGAAUUAUAAGUGAAAUAGUCUGUCUGUAAAGAAUUGUUGGAAAAAUUACUUGUGUCAUGCACAAAGUAGAAGUCCUAACCGACUUGCCAAAACUAUAGUUUGUUAACAAGACAUUUGUGGAGUGGUUGAAAAACGAGUUUUAAUGAUUCCAACCUAAGUGUAUGUAAACUUCCGACUUCAACGGUAGUUAGCUAGCUAGCUGUAAAAUCGCCUAAACAAACAGCGCCAUCAAUUUAGGAGUCUAUAUCACCAAGUUUAAAAAAUAUAUAUUAAUUAUUUUUACCCCCUUUUUCUCCCCAAUUUCGAUCAAUCUCACCGAGUUCAGCUUGCAGUUCCUCUCUGCCCAGAGCGCGGAGUAUGUUGCUAUGUCAACAACAACACUUUCCCAUGUUUCCCACAGACACACAGGGCGCAUUGGGAGAUGGUACUUGAAGGAGAAACUGAGUUGAAUCAUUUGGUACAGUGUUUAGAUUGAGCACACCUAAGUGAAAUAUAUACAUUUACAUUUACAUUUACGUCAUUUAGCAGACGCUCUUAUCCAGAGCGACUUACAAAUUGGUGCAUGCACCCUAUAGCCAGUGGGAUAACCACCUUACAAUAUGUUUUAUUUAUUUAUUUAUUUAUUUAUUUUUUUUUGGGGGGGGGGGGGGGGGUAGAAGGAUUACUUUAUCCUAUCCCAGGUAUUCCUUAAAGAGGUGGGGUUUCAAAUGUCUCCGGAAGGUGGUGAGUGACUCCGCUGUCCUGGCGUCGUGAGGGAGCUUGUUCCACCAUUGGGGUGCCAGAGCAGCGAACAGUUUUGACUGGGCUGAGCGGCAACUAUGCUUCCGCAGAGGAAGGGGAGCCAGCAGGCCAGAGGUGGAUGAACGCAAUGCCCUCGUUUGGGUGUAGGGACUGAUCAGAGCCUGAAGGUACAGAGGUGCCGAUCCCCUCACAGCUCCAUAGGCAAGCACCAUGGUCUUGUAACAGAUGCGAGCUUCAACUGGAAGCCAGUGGAGUGUGCGGAGGAGCGGGGUGACGUGAGAGAACUUGGGAAGGUUGAACACCAGACGGGCUGCGGCAUUCUGGAUGAGUUGUAGGGGUUUAAUGGCACAGGCAGGGAGCCCAGCCAACAGCGAGUUGCAGUAAUCCAGACGGGAGAUGACAAGUGCCUGGAUUAGGACCUGUGCCGCUUCCUGUGUAAGGCAGGGUCGUACUCUCCGAAUGUUGUAGAGCAUGAACCUGCAGGAUCGGGUCACCGCCUUGAUGUUAGCAGAGAACGACAGGGUGUUGUCCAGGGUCACGCCAAGGCUCUUCGCACUCUGGGAGGAGGACACAACGGAGUUGUCAACCGUGAUGGCGAGAUCAUGGAACGGGCAGUCCUUCCCCGGGAGGAAGAGCAGCUCCGUCUUGCCAGGGUUCAGCUUGAGGUGGUGAUCCGUCAUCCAUACUGAUAUGUCUGCCAGACAUGCAGAGAUGCGAUUCGCCACCUGGUUAUCAGAAGGGGGAAAGGAGAAGAUUAGUUGUGUAUCGUCAGCGUAGCAAUGAUAGGAGAGACCAUGUGAGGAUAUGACAGAGCCAAGUGACUUGGUGUAUAGGGAGAAUAGGAGAGGGCCUAGAACUGAGCCCUGGGGGACACCAGUGGUGAGAGCACGUGGUGCGGAGACAGCUUCUCGCCACGCCACUUGGUAGGAGCGACCGGUCAGGUAGGACGCAAUCCAGGAGUGAGCCGCGCCGGAGAUGCCCAGCUCGGAGAGGGUGGAGAGGAGGAUCUGAUGGUUCACAGUAUCAAAGGCAGCAGACAGGUCUAGAAGGACAAGAGCAGAGGAGAGAGAGUUAGCUUUAGCAGUGCGGAGAGCCUCCGUGACACAGAGAAGAGCAGUCUCAGUUGAAUGACCAGUCCUGAAACCUGACUGGUUUGGAUCAAGAAGGUCAUUCUGAGAGAGAUAGCAAGAGAGUUGGCUAAAGACGGCACGCUCAAUAGUUUUGGAAAGAAAAGAAAGAAGGGAUACUGGUCUGUAGUUGUUGACAUCAGUGGGAUCGAGUGUUGGUUUUUUGAGAAGGGGUGCAACUCUCGCUCUCUUGAAGACGGAAGGGACAUAGCCAGCGGUCAAGGAUGAGUUGAUCAGCGAGGUGAGGUAGGGGGAGAAGGUCACCGGAGAUGGUCUGGAGAAGAGAGGAGGGGAUGGGGUCAAGCGGGCAGGUUGUUGGGCGGCCUGCAGUCACAAGUCGCAGGAUUUUAUCUGGAGAGAGAGGGGAGAAAGAAGUCAAAGCAUAGGGUAGGGCAGUGUGAGAAGGACCAGCAGUGUCAUUAGACUUAACAAACGAGGAUCGGAUGUCGUCAACCUUCUUUUCAAAGUGGUUGACAAAGUCAUCCACUGAGAGAGAGGAGGGGGGGGGGGGAGGAUUCAGCAGGGAGGAGAAUGUGGCAAAGAGCUUCCUAGGGUUAGAGGCAGAUGCUUGGAAUUUAGAGUGGUAGAAAGUGGCCUUAGCAGCAGAAACAGAUGAAGAAAAUGUAGAGAGGAGGGAGUGAAAAGAUGCCAGGUCGGCAGGGAGUUUAGUUUUCUUCCAUUUCCGCUCCGCUGCCCGGAGCUCUGUUCUGUGAGCUCGCAAUGAGUCAUCAAGCCACGGAGCUGGAGGGGAGGACCGAGCCGGCCGGGAGGAUAGGGGACACAGAGAGUCAAAGGAUGCAGAAAGGGAGGAGAGGAGGGUUGAGGAGGCAGAAUCAGGAGAUUGGAGGGAGAAGGAUUGAGCAGAGGGAAGAGAUGAUAGGAUGGAAGAGGAGAGAGUAGUGGGAGAGAGAGAGCGAAGGUUGCGGCGGCGCAUUACCAUCUGUGUAGGGGCAGAGUGAGUAGUGUUGGAGGAGAGCGAGAGAGAAAAGGAUACAAAGUAGUGGUCGGAGACAUGGAGGGGAGUUGCAGUGAGAUUAGUAGAAGAUUAGCAUCUAGUAAAGAUGAGGUCAAGCGUAUUGCCUGCCUUGUGAGUAGGGGGGGACGGUGAGAGGGUGAGGUCAAAAGAGGAGAGGAGUGGAAAGAAGGAGGCAGAGAGAAAUUAGUCAAAUGUAGACGUAGGGAGGUUGAAUCCCCAAAUCCCAUUUUCCCCCCAAAAACCUCUCAAGGGAUAUUGAAAGGAGAAAGGGCAAGGUCCCUUGGUUAAAGAAUUCAUCUGAGCAGUGCUUUUGGGGGCUUCAGUUAGUGAGGAUUUUUUGUUAUAGAGAAAGCAAGCCGGUUUAGAAGGCGUUUUGGGGCACUCGGUUUCUCCUUCUUUUAAAGGUUGACUCAAAUUUUUUAAAAGAGGGGGGGGAAUUACAGGGAAGAAUUUUGAAAGGGUUGGUUUCCCCGAUGCUUUAAAAGGGUUGCUUUUUCGCGAGAUUGAUGAAAAGGAGUUAAAAGAGGUUGAGGGUAGGGUCCUUUUUCCUUUCCUGCUCGCUUGUUCUUUACUGAAAGUCACACCCAGGUUGGGGGGAAAAGCCCGGAGGAUGGCCCCCCCCGAAGGGGGGGAGGUUGGCGAUUAAUUUUUUGGUUUAAAUGAGCAAGAAGAGAGAGGUUUUAAGGUAGGGGUGAAAACCAAGGUUCCUCCAUUACCAAAUUUUUUAGGGGUAGGUUUAAGGGGAAAAAAAAGUACAAAGUAGGGAACAUGGGGGGGGUUUUUUUAGUGGUUAAAAGGCUCAAUUAAUGUUUAAACUUUGCCCGCCUUUUAUGGGGGACGUGAAAUUUUGUAAAAAGGGGGGGAAAGAAGGGGAAAAAAUUACUGUAUGACAGUAGAGGUUAACCAUGGAAAUAAGUUAAAGAAUUUUAAGGGGCAACAUUUAAAUUCCAAGGAACCUAGGGGUAAUGACAAGGUAUGUUAAAUGGGUGGGUGUACAAAGGUCAAAAAGGAUCAAUGGGUUAAAAAUUAAAAAAUAUUUAUUUAAAUUUUUCCCCUUUCCCCCCAAUUCGACCCAAACUCACCGGUUCAGGCCCUCCUUUGCAGAGUGCGGAUUUUUUGUAUGUAACAACGGUAAAGUUUCCACAAGACCAACAACGAUGGGAUUGGUAUCUGGAAAAGGGCAGGUUAAUUUUGUACAAUGUUUAGAUUGACAAUGUGUUAUCCCUGAGGAGAACCAUAGUCUUCACCAUCUUGACUAGAUACAUGGGGAUGUUUUUUACCAUUGAUAGACAUAGCUUCCCAACUUGACAGGAGUUUCAUGAUUGUUAUUUCUGGGGGUGAAUUAUCCCUUUAAAUGUACAAUACCCAGAAGUUGACAUGUUGUUUUGUGUGUGUGUUUGCAGUCUCUGACCAUCUUCCAGAGGUCUCUGACCACCAUGCAGAUCCAAAUACAGGGCCUGCUGCAGUUCGCUGUGCCUCUCUUCCCCACCGCUGAGGUCAGUGUUUCAUUUUCCUGUGGCAUAAUGUGUCUGGUCUGUGUAAGUAUAUCAUUUUAUGAGUACUGAAUCCUACACUUGUCUUCUCGACAGAGAGACCUAUUGGGCAUCCAGCACCUGCUCAACUCCUCAGAGGCUAGCCUCCACCAGUUGACUGCCCUGCUGGACUGUAGAGGACUCAACAAGGUACAGGACACCACCACUGAAUCCCACUGCAUGGAUCUAGUUCUACAGGACAGUGGCUCUGCUGUGUACAUCUCUUCACUUCACAACAUGUCUCAGACAGACAUUGUCUGCUAUCUGCUAAUGUGUGUGUGUGUGUGUGUUUCCUCCCUCCACGCUGUAGGACUACCUGGAUGCGCUAAUCGGUGUGUGUUAUGACGGGGUGGAGGGCCUGCUAUACCUAUGCCUCUUCUCCAUCCUGGCAAUUUGUGCCUUCUGUGCCAUGCUGUGUGCCAUCCCCCGGGCAUGGACACAUAUCGCCAGCAGGUCAGGGGGGGCCCUCCCACUGAGUCUCUUUCAAUACAUUUACAUUACAUUUUAGUCAUUUAGCAGACACUCUUAUCCAGAGCAUUUUGCUAAAGUAGGUAAGACAACCACAUAUCAUGAUCACGAGAAUAGCAAAACCAGUGCUAGUAAGAAUCAAUCACUAUCUUUCUCUCUCUCUAUCGCCCUUUUAUAGAACAAGAGUGUAUACAUCCUUUGUGUUUAUACUGUACAUACACUAUAACAAGUCACUAAAUCAUCCUCAAAAUCUAUUCUCCUGACCUCCACCCUUUCUCUUCUCUCCAGGGAGCGUGACUAUGACGAUAUAGACGAGGAGGACCCGUUUAACCCUCAGGCCAGACGCAUGACGGCCCACAACCCCAACCAUGCCACCAACAUGCACAGCUUCUGCAGCUACAGCAGCAGUAUGGGCAGCCAGAGCAGCCUCCACCCACCUGCCGCACAGGCUGUGUCCAAUGCACCCGUUUCAGAGUACAUGUGAGUCAGAGUCCAGCCCUGGUCUGGUGUGGAAUGUAUGGUAAUGCACAGUCUGGUGUGCUAUACGUAUGAACAUACUGAAGCUUAAGUAAAGCUAACUGAAAUGUAGUGAUCAUAAUCGCAAAGAUGACAUACUGGCCCAAAGUGCUAUGUUCUUGUGCGAUGGCCACUUUUUUGGUGAUAGGGAAUGUUUGUUUGACUCUCUCCUUCGCUCUCCCUCUCUCGCCCUUCUCAGGAACCAGUCGGCGCUGUUCGGGGGGAACCCGCGGUACGAGAAUGUUCCUCUGAUCGGGAGAGGCUCCCCGCCCCCCUCGGUGCGUUGGGUCCCAGAGGCCAUGUCUUUCUUGUGAUGUCACACAGGGUUGGGGUCAAUUCCAAUGUGGAAAAUUGGAAUUGUAAUUUCAGUUUGAAAUGUCAGUUUGCUUUCUGAAUUGACUGAAUUGAAAUUGAUCCCAUCCCUGAUGCCACUGUCCCACAUACUCUCAAGUCAAUCUGCAUUGUAAUACUGAUCUCUCUCUCAUCACCAGGAUUUCUGUUCUGUUAUUUAAUUGAUUCAGUGACCCGGUAGGACUUGUUCCUUUGUUUAUUUUCUGUUUGCAUGUCAGCUCUGGUAAAGACCUGACAGCUAGGGCUCAGACUGCUUUUUAACUCUAGCUUGAGGCGUUUCCCCAUAUGAUGCUCUCUCUGCAUGAUGCCUUCCUUAACUUGCUCAAGUCAGUGUUACUUUGACUUGAAGUUGGUCUUGUAGUUUGUUUCUCAUGAGUUGUGAUGUGAGAGUUUUUCACAAGAUAUGACGUCCAUAUGAUAAUACAUUUCCAAUAUUGAAAUCCAUCAGUAAGGAUUUUGAUCAUGAUCAUAAUUUUAAUCACAUAUCACAGAGCACACUGCUAACUUUGUGCCUUUACCUGUCUAUCUACCAUAACUGUAAAUUGCUGACUCAUUACAGAAGGAGUAGGACAUUGAGAGAGAAGUUUAACGUGGACAUACUGUACUGUACAUGUAUUUAAGAUGAGUUGGAAGCGUGUUACUUAGACCAAUGCCCAGGGGAAGAUGUCACUGGUGUUAGUCCCUAUUUGGUCACUUUCCUUCUCUCUAAAAGUAUCUCUCUCUCCCUCUCUCUUUAUUUCUCUCACUCUUCCUGGUCCUCAUGAUAAAUUCACCUCCAUCUAGGGCCUCGUAGUGGCAGCUCUUUAGAUCUAUUCUCCUUUCCUGUUGAGGAGACAGGCCACGUUUUUAGGAUGACUAAAUGUUUCAUCAAGCUUAACCUUUCAUAGGCCUGCUGUGCCUAAUGACAUUUGAUAAAGAGACAGAUCUCAUAUAUUAUGGGUAUCGGAGUCUGUUUAAAUCUACUGUAGCUGCCUGCCAUCCUUCCCAUGGGAUGAUGUUUUUAUAUUUGACUGAAUAUAAGGUUUUUACCUGAGGCUAAUGCUGAGUCCCAAAUGGCACCAAUACAACAUCUUAUUUAUUUUAUUUGAAAAGCAGUGGAUUAGAUAGGGAGCCAUUUGGGACGAGCCCUAAAGUGUUAUACCGUAUCUACCUCGGUGCGUUCCCCUGCCCUCUCUCUCUACUACCAGUCUUUAGCCAAUUUGGCUGUGACGAUUAUGUAAUGUCAUGUGGUGCCUUUCUGGACUCAUACCUACCUUUCUGCAAAGCGUGCACUCUACUUUUUCAGCUAACAGCUUCUUUUAUAUUUUUUAUUUGUUUGUUUGUUGUUUAUAUGUUUGUUUGUAUUUAAUUUCUUACUUCCUUCUUUUUUUUAUCAACUUUUGGAGGUAUACACUCAGCAAUUUAGAAACAGAGUAAGUUGUUUUCUGCUCCUCUUUGGACCUCUCUACUGUCUGAAGGACAAGAUAGACUCCCAGUUGCUUUUCCCCAUGCCUUUGUUUCAAAUCAUCUAUUUUUUUAUUUACCUCCAUUUUCAUUUUGGAACUGCAUUUUCUAUUUCACCUCUGGCAUGGCUUUGAACUGCAAACCUCACUGUUCAUGACAUCAUCCUCAUUACAUCUUAAUUCGUCACCGUCAUCAUUCCAGUUGUAUGUUUGACCCAGUCAGGUCUGUCUCCCCCUGCUGUUGGGAGUGUGGUGAUGUACCCUAUCCUCACGUCUCCUCCCUGGGUUCGGACAUGUUUUCAGAGACACAUCGGGCAGCCCUAUGUGUGCAUGCCGCAAACCUUCCCUCUAUGUAAUUCUAUAGCUUUUACCGCCAUGAGAUGCCGAGCGUCAGGCUUGUCAUCAUGCUUGGUCUGGUGCUAUAGAAUUCUAGAGUCAUGGUAUGCCCCUUGUCUCACCUACCAUCUGAGAAGGCUUGAUCAAUAAGGAGGGACCUACAGUGUUAUCCCCUCAAUGCUUGGCAUAGGCACAGGAUUGUCUCCCCUAGCUACCUACCCUUCCUUCCUGUCUCGCUGGUUAGAUACUGUUCUGAAAGAGUACUAUAUUAUUCUAUACUGUUGUGUGUGUCAUUCACUAUAAGUUGCCCGGUGUUGCCUCUAAUUGUGUGUCCUUUGAUAUUCUGUUUUCCCCUACAGUACUCCCCCAGCAUGAGGGCUACAUACCUGUCCAUGACUGAGGACCAGAUCAGACACUUUGGGAAUGAUUUCCAGGCAUAG